AUGGGAAAUACCUUGGAACGAGGUGUUGGAUAUACGCCGUAUGGAGACCAUUGGAUGAUGCAUUGUGGCAUGGAAGUGAUCCUGCCGUCCGGCGAGCUACUCCGUACAGGCAUGGGCGCACUGCCCCAAAAUCCCGGAACAUCAGUGCAUCCCAUUCAUCAAGACGCGGCAAACAAAUGCUGGCAGCCCUUCCCGUACGGAUUUGGUCCGUACAACGAUGGACUAUUCUCGCAAAGCAACCUCGGAAUUGUUACCAAGGUCGGCAUGUGGUUGAUGCCCGAUCCUGGUGGAUUUCAAGCGUAUCAGAUCUCAUUGCCCAGAGAUGAGGACCUUCACCAGGCGGUCGACAUUAUACGGCCUCUUAGACUGCAAAUGAUUAUCCAAAAUGUCCCCGACCUUGCGUCAUAUCCUUCUUGA